AUGUGUAAGUGUGUUGAGUGUCCCUGUUCCAACCAUCUCUUAAGAGAUGGUUGGAAACAGGGAGGAAGAAGACAGGGGUACGGGAUACCGCCGUGGCUAUCCGAUCAGCACUUGUUUGUGGUUACACCGUCAAGUAGACCGAGGCCAGGCACUCUUCCUUGUGCUCGGUGGGAUGGCCAGAGACGACAUUGUUUCCUGCCGCGGCCAUUCUUGCUCGCCGGACAUUCUCACUCACCGGAGGUACGACAGUCAGAAACACGUUGCAACCUGAAUGUGAUAUAUACAUGUAUAGUGAAGUCCCUUCUGCAAUACACUGCAAUACAUUUCACAUACUUGUACGUGUACAAAAAAUGGCGGGAGAACGAGAGAACGAGUGUGUGUUUUGUUCACCGUCGAGGGCUUGGAUGA